AUGGCCUACUCGCCAUCUCCAGCAUCUCCCAUGGCUGGUCCUGAUGGAACUGCAUACUCCCAUCGUCGGUCGCCAACCCCUCCUGCGCAGCCAAUGUCGAAGAAAGACAAGCGCAGAAAUCAGCAAGUCGCGCACCAGCAGGAGCUCCACAACGAGUUAAACAACAACCGUGAGCAGCACUACCGAGAACAGCUCAUUGCUCUGCAACAUGACAUGAGCCUCAUCUCCCAGGCUGACCCCUACGAACCCGAACCUCUGGAAGAUUCACCAGAAGAGGUGGCCAGAAUUGCCGAGUUGGCAGCGUCAGGUACACCAUAUCAAUCUCAAAUGUCCUCGCUGGCAGGCAAAUGGUACGCCGAAUUCGUGCAUGAGAUCAACGAUGCGAAGGAGGCCAAGGAACUAGCUCUCAUCCAGCUCAUGAACAAUCACAAUGCCCGCCUCGAAAGAUUGAAGUAUGAGUGUGAUUAUCGUCUCCACCUCGCCGCAGAAGAAUGCGAACAUAUGACCUCGACCCUGCGAGAACGAUUGUUUCAAGCACUAUCUAGCAAGAGACAACGAUUGAUGAAAGAGAAGGAACAACUUGACAUUGCGGACACCAAUGCACUCCUCCUUCACCCCAGUCAGUUCAGCAUCACCAACCCAGCAUCCCCUGGCGGCAACCACACGAGUCGCAAGACACGCUUUACCAGGCACCGUGAACAGGAGGACAUGAACGGUGUUUCAGAGGUUACAAACAAGCGUAAGCGUAAGCUUGCAGACGAUGAUGUCGGCUCCCCGUCACGGAACGGCAUUUCCACGCCUGGAGAGCGCAGUCGUGCAGCGCUGGCGAAUCAAACUGCCCCGCUGUAUUCCAUUCACUCCCUCUUCACCGACAAAGAACUCAACUUCCAAUCGCACCAAGCACAAAUUGCCGCUCGUCAUUUCUUCUCGACGUCACGGAAGGAAGGCGAGACUAGCAACACAAGAAGGCGUCAAAAAGUCGACGAUGACCGAGAUCGAGGAUCUGCCGAGUCAGGCUCGGAGGAAGACGAAGAACUCGAGGCUCCCGAGAUGGACCGGUCAGCCAGUCAGAACGUGCAUGUUACGAGAUCAACUCGAACAAUUGGUGCCAUGAGUGGGCUCAAUGCCCUGAGUGACCUGGCAGAGAAAGCAGCAACCCGCCCAGCACUGCCAUAUGCAACAUUACACACCCAUCAAGGGCGUCAAGGCACAUUCCUACCUCAACCGAGUCGAUUAAUGGCCGAAGAGCUCGAGGAGGAUCUCUUGAAAAUUGCUCAAAUUGAGAGCCAGCCCAAAGGCCAAAUGGACAAGAGAGCGAUCGAGGAUGCGCUCAAGCCGCUGUCAGAGUCACGAAGCAACUUGGCUCCGGAUUGGCCGGUAUAUCUUGACAUUCACCUGGUGGACGUGGAUCCAAGGAAAACUGCAGGGGUACAGUGA